AUGGAAAUUGAAAACGAACAGAUUUGCACCUGCAUAGCGCAGAUUCUGCAUCUUCUCAAUAGCUUAAUUAUUACAUUCUCAGAUGAUGAUAAGACGGAAACUGGACAAUCUUUUGUUUAUAUUGAUGGAUUUCUUGUCAAAAAGCAUAACAAUCAACAUACUAUUGUUAAUUUCGAAACUUACAAAAAUAAAAUGAAAGUUUCCGAUAGGCGUAAGUUUGAAAAAGCAAACUUUGACGAGUUUGAGUCGGCUCUAAAUAACAAAAACGACUUGGUACAUUGUCCCUCAAUAACUUUAUUUGAAUCGAUCCCCACGGAAGUGCGGUCAUUCUACGAAGACGAAAAGUCUGGCCUAAUCAAAGUGGUAAAAUUCAGAACUGGUGCAAUGGAUAGGAAAAGGUCUUUUGAAAAAAUUGUCAUUUCCGUCAUGGUCGGGAAAAAUGUACAAAAGUUCCUGACAUUUGUUGAAGACGAACCAGAUUUCCAGGGCGGACCAAUCCCUUCAAAGUAUCUUAUUCCCAAGAAAAUCAACUUGAUGGUCUACACGUUGUUUCAAGUGCAUACUUUGAAAUUCAAUAGAAAGGAUUACGAUACCCUUUCUCUUUUUUACCUCAACAGAGGAUACUAUAAUGAGUUGAGUUUUCCGUGUCCUGGAACGUUGUCACGAAAUAGCGAGUGCCAGGCCGAACGACAGCUCUACGAUGCGUACUUUCACUGA